UCAAUUUGCGGCUUCGAGACUCAUUGCCAUGGCAGCAGUGGCGCCGCAACACAUUUGUUACCUUUGCACCCGUAAAUUUACGGACGCUGCGGCUUUGAAGACCCACGAGCAGUACUCGCAAUUGCACCAGCAGAACCUGGAUCGCCAAGACGGUGUGAUCAGACAGCAUAAAGAAGAGGUCAUCAGCAGCGUGAAUCGUCUCAGGCAGCAGCUGCAUGACGCAGUGUCUUCUUCCAAUCCUGUCACCAGCAGCAGAGCGGGAGCAAUCGAGACACAACUGCGGCAACAGAUUGGGGAGUUCAGUCAGGCACAAGAAGCAAUCGAAUACCGUCGGGCCGGCUCUGAUCCUGCGAAGCAGAUUCGAAAUGCGCAGGCUGGCACCUUCCGAGCCACGCGGCAUGAGAUGCGCUGUGGGCGCUUGCACUUUGAGGUCGGGGCGGCAUGUUGGCAGGGAGGAAAGGAAAUGAAUGAAGAUCGCUUCGUGCUUGACAUCGAGCUCCUGUCUUCGGACGGACUUUCGGUGCCUGGCAUCAUGGUGCUGGAUGGACAUUCGGGCUCCCGCUGUGUGGAUCAUUUAGUUGAGAGGCUUCCAGCAGGGCUUCAGGCGCGUGUCGCCAGUAAGCCACUAUUAUCUGAUGACUUUCUGAGAGAAGCUGUGGUCGAAGCUUGCGCCAUGGUGGACGAAGAGUUCUUGACCUGGGCCCGGCAACAAGAGGCCAUGGAUGGAUCCACCUUGCUGUUGGCGCUGAUCUAUGAGACUGCGAGCCAGCCGGGGAAGACCAGGCUCUUGGUGGCCAACGUUGGGGAUUCCCGUGGUAUUCUGUGCCGAGCAACUGCCCCUGAUUCUUCGGGACCCCAGGGACUUCAGGUCUUUCGCCUAUCUGAGGACCACAAGCCCAACCGAGAAGACGAGCGUCAGCGGAUUGAAGCUUUGGGCGGAACGGUGGACCUCCAUGGCGUUUGGCGUGUGAUUUGCCCUGAGCAGGUUGUCUUUGGAGGCCGGACCAUCGCCCGCUGGGGUCUGGCGGUGUCACGAGCCUUUGGGGACCUGCUGCUGAAAGAGCCCUACAAAUACGGAUGCACCAAGGUCCUGCCCGGGCAGCUGGUUUCGGCCGAGCCCGAGCUGCGCCUCGUGGAGUUGGACCCGUCCCUGGAUCGCUUCGUGGUCCUGGCCUGCGAUGGCAUCUGGGAUGUCUUGCAGGACCAAGAUGCUGGGGCGGUUUGCGCUGGGCAGUGUGGUGUUGAGCUCGCUGCUCAUUGCUUGGUAAAGCACGCAUUUGCUGCAGGAUCAAUGGACAAUCUUACAGCUGUAGUGCUAACGUGGCGCGUUUGUGGCUGAAAA